AGUAAUUCGAACAAUACAAUCCACAAUAAAAACAAUCACAGUCUAUAAUAACUCUCUUUAUAGUAAAACACUUGUCCUUUUAGUUAUAGAUAAUUUAAGUUCGUCUCUCGUGGUUUAUUGAAUGAGUUUUAUUAUAGUAAUAUGUUCAUUUUGAGGUAAAGCCUUCUCUCAUCGAAAGGUUUGUUUAUUUGAUAUCUUUAUUCAUUUUUAUAUCUCUUAUGUUUUUGUGAAAUAUCAAUCAUCACAUCAAGGGGAAGGACGAACUAAGGACGAAGAGGAGGAAGACCAGAGGACUGAGAGCAAACCGAGAGAACCAGAGGACGAGCGGAGAGAACGAAAAGAACAGAGAAAACCCACGAACAGAACACAACAGGGGAACGAAACACACAGAGCACACCAGGAGGAACGAACUGGGGAAAUAAAAAGCAGGGGAAAAACAAGCAAACGCAGAGAGGGCGAACGAACGAAAAAAACCCGGGAAAAACAGAGACGACCGGACAUAGAGGAGAAACAGAUAAUACACAGAGAACACUGGACCAAAGACCACAAACAAAAACACGGACGCAAGAACAGAGAUAAUACAGAGAAGACGAGCAAAAACAGAAGGCCACAGGAGAACGAAACACACGCAGAACAGGGGACGGACAGGAAGAAACCGAUCAGAGAAAAGCAAGAACAGAGGUGAAAGCAGAGGAAGAAAGUAACUAGUCGACCAGUCCUCCAUCACGUCUUCAUCUCCAGAACUACCAGCAAAGUUAAGUCACUCAAGAAGAGAUGGAGCACUCAACCGACAUUAUACAAUCUCCCAGCACGCUGCAGCUCUCUAUGCAAUUACAAAUAGAUAUGCCGAGACCAGUAAAUGAGGAGCUUGAACGAUGGGAGGCAGUUAAAUUCCCAGUUCCGAAAGACUAUGGUUUUUCUGAGCCAAACAAAAUACUGCAGAAGGACGUUUAUACCUAUGCAAAGGAAGACAACUUCAAUGCCUUGUUUGGUCUCUUGUCCGAUAAACUGGAACAUGUUUCAUCAGAGGAAGUGCUCAAUAUCAUUUUCAAACAUGUUGCUGCCUCUGGAAAUUCACUGCUUCAUGUGGCAGCAAGCCAUGGAAGCGAAGGUGUGACACAGCUACUGUGUCAUCACUUCCCCCUCCUAAUCACCAGGAAAAAUUUCCUGGGUGAUAAUGCGCUUCAUCUGGCUGCCAGGGCUGGACGGUUUGACACAAUUCAAAAUCUCGUCAAGCAUGUGAAAAUUGAUCCUCAUAAAACACUUGAACUUGCUAGCUUGCUGAGGAUGAAGAAUAAUAAAGGAAACACCCCUUUGCAUGAUGCAGUCAUCAAGGGUUGCCGAGAGGUGGCCUGUUUCCUCGUUAAUGAAGACCUAGAAGUUUCCUACCACAAGAACAAGGAAGACAAGUCUCCCUUGUACUUGGCAGUAGAGAGAUGCGACGAGAAGAUGAUUGUUUCUCUUAUAGAAGCUAUGCCGGAUGGAAAUUUAGAAAAACUAGCGGACGGCAAGCCGGAUACAAUGCUUCCCGAGGACAAAAAAGGGGGAAGUCUCCUUCAUCUUGCAGCAUCCAUGGGCUUCCUUUUUGGAGCAAGACUCCUGGUUAGUCGAUGUCCUGUUGCCGCAUCACAAAGAAACGAAGAAGGCAACUUACCUAUCCAUGUUGCAUGCCAGAAGGGCCAUCUUGAAGUAGUACGCGAACUACUUACUUAUUGGUUCGAUCCAAUGGAUUUUCUCAACGAAAAAGGACAGAAUAUUCUUCAUGUUGCAGCGGAGAGUGGACAGAUGAAAUUAGUGGAAGAAAUACUGGGAAAUCGAGAUCUGGAAGCACUUAUAAAUGAGAAGGAUUACGAUGGAAAUACACCUUUGCACUUGGCUGCAAUGUAUGGCCGUUCUGAGAUAGUGCAGGCACUAGUGAGAGACAAGCGGGUGGAUACAAGGAUUGUUAAUAAUGAAAAGUUGAAACCAUCUGGUGUUGUUGUGAAAUUAUUGCAAGGCGGACGCUUUGAAGCUCCAAAGUCAGAUGGAAUGAACAAGCUAAUCGAUACCAAGCAUGAGGAUGAUGCUGCGAGAGGUGUAUGGAACAAUUCGCAGGAAGCAGAAGUUCGCAAAAUGCGUGAGGUAUUAACAGUUUUGGUGGAGGCAGAUGAUAAGACUGAGUUUGACAUCAAGCUUCUCUUUGAUUUACUAAGAACGACGUUAACGACGGAGGAACUGAACAGAGGGGUAGGGAAUCUUCUCGUGGUGGCAGUACUGGUAGCUGGAGUAACCUUCGCUGGUGCUAUCACUGUGCCUGGAUCAGGUUCUGAUUUUAACAGUGGUAGUUCAAAAAAUCUGAUGAGAGCUUAUAUUUUUUUUGACAUGCUAGCUAUGAAUUUCUCCCUCAUCGCCGCUAUAAUCCUUGGUCGGAUAUCAUUAGGUCGUGCCAGUUAUGUAACAUCUUGCAUGGAGAUGGCGACAUUUCUUAAUUUUUACUCCCUUCUCUGCAUGGGUAUAGCAUAUACAUUCAUCCUGGCAAUCACGGUGCAAGAACGUAAUGGAUUUUUCACAACCAUCAUCACAUUCCAAGCCUGUCUUUUUUUUACCCAAUUAGUUUGUUCCUAUAGAUUGAUGGUUUCAACUGCAAAUUCAAUAUUGUCUUUUGUGCAAGCAAAUCUCUUUAAAUUGAUGGCUGGAAUGAAAAGGAGGUCGGAUGUACGGACUUCUCUUAUGGGUACAAAAUAGGAUCAAAAGAUUUAUUGUUUUUUUAAUAUAUUUUUUUAGAAAAUCGAAAGACAAAUUUGUAUUCUGUGUAAUUGUUUGGCGAUAACAUGUGCUGCCAUAUAUAUUAAUUGUGAUAAGGAUAAUAAGAGCCAUCCAGUUCAAACUGGAGAGCUUGCAACCGGGAGGGCAUUUUAUCUUGUAUUUAAAUCUCAUGUAAUUUGUAACAAAUAGAUAUUAAGCUCUUUCUCUUCUCUCUUGUAAUGACUUUGGUUAUUUAUAAAGCAGAACAUACAUGUC